AUGGCCGAGAAGCGCAAGCUGCCACCACGCGCCGGGCGCGAGCCCGCGGCCAAACGAAGAGUCUCCGAAGCCGUCACAGCAACACCUCAGUCGCAAAAGAAGAAGGCACCUACGCCUCGAGCUCCAUCUCCACCACCACCACCACCAGAGCCAGUCGAACCGCCAUUACCUACAAAAGUGAAGGAUGCGGAAGUCUUGCCGGUUACGCGCGUGCGCCAGCCCGACAACUUAUCGGACAAGGAAUAUCAAUCUAUUGCAGAAAGGUUAGAACCCUAUAUUGCACAACUCAUAUCAAACCUACGAAGACUAACAAUCGGGCCCUGCGAUGUCACCAUUGGGCCCCAUCUCUUCGACGCAAUGAUAUAUACUGUGAAAGACCCAACUGCACCCCCGCAGAUCCAAUAUGCACCUCCGCAGCGGCCUAUGGUCCAUUAUGGACACCCAAACUCAUUCCAACAAUACCAACCAUAUCCGAAUACACAAAAACGCCCCCCUUAUCCCUCUACUCCGACCGGUCGACCUGCGCAAGGAUACCCGGGAAACCAUCAACCGCCUAGUCAGCAACGUGGCCCGCAACAUCCCCCAAAUCAAUCGGGACAGCGGCCUCCACAGACACAAAAUGGCCAGCCCGGGCAGCCCGCGAAAGCAAGUCCAGAUCCUGUCAUUCAGAUGCUUGCUACUAGGGCGGCAGCAGAUCCCGAACUCAAGGCUUUGAUGAGAGUGGUUGCUUCCAGCCAGGCUUCUCAGGACCAACUGCGCGCUUUCCAGGCCCACAUUGAUGAACUCAAUGCGAUUAUCAAGGCAAGAGAGCAACAGGAACAAAGGCAUCAAGGUUCCAUUGGUACACAAGGACGACCGCAGGCGGCAGCAACGCAACCCGCAACGCCCGCGACACCCGCGACACCCGCACCCCAAAGCAAGCCUACCCCAGCGCCACCCAACUCCCAACCCAAGUCUGCUGCGGCCGCCCAUCCACAACCUCAGGUAGUAAUACCCAAAUCACAACCACCUGCUCCAUCGCAAACUCCCUCCAAAGAGCCUCAGCAAAUACCAUCAGCACCCAAAGCCCCAGAGCCGACCACCACAACUACACCCAAGCCCGCACUGAAAGGCACACCGCAAGCUAGCGCUGAGCCUCAGAAACCGAGCCAAAAUGAAAAUGGCCAAGCCGCGAAUGCUUCCCACACCCCGGCUGCCACGCCUGUGGUGAAACAAGAACCAGCUGUAACUGGUCCGAGUAAUCCCCAGGCUAUCCCUGCAGGGACAGCACAACCACCACCUGCAGCAUCUACUUCAUCUGUUGCUCAAACUCCGGCUCCCAAUUCCACGUUGCAGCCGCCGCGUGCGGGACCGCCAUAUCCACCUCAUCAACAGACGCCGUACACCCCUGGGGGAGCCCAGGCCCCUCUUCAGUCACGGCCGCCUCAAUACAGCUCGCCCGCGCCUUAUUAUCGUCCACCGGGACCGCCCCCGCCUCCCGCGCGCGUUGGUUACAAGUCCGUCGUGUUUGAGUUUACAUCACCCUUGACUCCUUACGGAAGCAGCACCUCAGGCCACGCUGGAUCUGGUGAUCGCUAUCUCUUCCCAGAGCAUACAAUUCUUGAAUGGCUUCCAAAUGAAUGCACCAUUCUAGCUUCCUUCCUAGUUGUUCGCAAGGUUGAUCCAAAUACUCCUUUCCCUAUUGAGUCUGCAACAGACAAUACCACGAGCCGCAGCAAAGGCAAGGGUACAUCUAAGUCCAAGUCCAAGAAGAAAGUCGAGGGUGGAAAAGACUCCAAAGAAGCCCCUGGAACCCCGACACCUGCCCAACCUGCCGUUACGGACACACCUCAGAAGCAAGAGCCCUCUGACAAGCCGGAUGUCAAAGCCAACGCCGCCUCGACAGAUACCCCUGGCACCCCCAACCAGCCCGCCGUGAAUGAAGCGAACCUCAAAGAAUACUGGCAGCCAGUCACUUUCCGCAUCCAUGCUCCCAAUCCCAAGAUCCUCGAGCCAUUGACUCGAGUCGUCAAGCCGGCGGAGGAGGUGCGCAAGUACAUGAACGAAAUCAUGGACCGGGCGGAGCGUGCUCCAGAUGGAUUCCCCGCUCUGCGUUUGCCGCGCGAAGAGGCGCGUGAAGCAUUUGAAUCAGAAGGCACCCCUGCUUCGGGGACCAAUGGCGCUGCAGGCCGCAGUCGCCCUUCACGGGCGGCUCCCGUCAAGGAAGAGGAAUCCGAGGUUGAAAACCUUGUCGAGGUCGAGGAGGAAGAGGAUCUUUUGGAGUUUUAUGGUGCGCCUAGUGGACUUCCUCCUCUGCGUGUCUAG